AUGCAGGAUCGUGUAGAAUCGGGCAAAUCGGACAGAAUCGGUCCGAUCCUGCCCGAUUCUGCCCGAUCCUGUAAAUCGUGUAACUUACGAGACUUUCUCGCGGAAAAAAUGAAUUGCAACACCCUUGUCGAUCUAAAAAAAUGUCUAAGGCGAGCAGAACUUCAAGAAAAAGAACUCCUUGCCGGACCUUUUGUAGUUUUGAAAAUAGAACGCUACUUAACAGAUCCGCAGCACACUUCUCAGACUGGCCUGGACACUGUGUAUAUUGAUGUGUAUCAGCUGACUGUUGCAGACAUCUUACACAAACUUAAAGUAGUAGUGGAUCCGAAAAUAUCGAAAGACAUCCAAAACAGACAGUUGAGGGAAGGCUGCUCUUUAAAGUUUACAAAAUGUACUCUACGUUAUGAUGAGACCAGUUUGUCAGGGAGCAAUAUAGUUAUAGUGCACAGCAUCAACAUUGAAACAAAGCCAUGCCUAUCCGUUUUACCAUCAGAAAUGGCAGACUUACGCUGGUGUCCUGACUGUGCUGCCAAACAGACCAAGGAUCUCCCUCUCACUUCAUCUCGGGGCUAUUUCCUCAAUCUUUGGUCAAGUACAGAGAUGACAGGACCACAAUGGAAGCUUGCAGGUGAAGAAGCCAAAAGUGUUGGAGCUGUGACAGCAGAGGAUAUUUACCAAGUGAAAGAGAUUGCCAGGAACUGGACAGAGCUACAAAUCGUAAACCCUCGCAUGGUUGUGAGGGUUAUAUGCAAAUUUCGACUACUCCAUUAUGCUAAGCCAUCAAAGUUGGGGAUGUGGCCUUUCCAGGCUAAUUUCACUGUUUGUGAUGAGACUGGAGUCUGUAAUCUAGUGUUGUGGAAUGCUCUAUGUACAGAGUACUACCAAAGGUUACAGGAAGGCAGUGUGAUCAUGAUUAGAAGAUUCACAGUGAAAAAGAGCUAUUACAGUAAUGGUCGGGGUGCUCCAUCACCUGAGAACCUACAGUAUUACGAUGUUGACAUCAACCUGAACCCACACCAUCCUCAAAGUGAGAUACAGAUUCUGGCAACAUCAGCAGUACCUGACAACAUUCAUCUCCCAGACCUUGAGUAUAACUUUGUUACACGCCGUCAGCUAGGAUUCAUGCCUGAUAACUAUAUCUGUGAUGUUGUGGGCUGUGUGACAUAUGUUGGACGUUACGAGCGUGACUCAUGUACAAACAAAGCAGGGCUUGACAGUGGGGGAUUUUGGAUUCGUCGUUGGCUGCACCUACGUGAUGCCUCCAGCGAAAAAACAAUUAUUAUAGAAAUGUUUAGAGCAGCAGAGUCGGUGAUUGCUCCUCAAGUGAAACCUGGUGUAGUGUUGGUUUGUAGACACAUGAAGGUGAUUAAUAACACUUCUUAUCUGACCAGAUCUACCUCUCAGCGACAGGUGUAUAUCACCUCAACCAUCAACACUCAGUUGAGUGUGAGAGUAAAUGGUGAGAAAAACUUAAGGCCAGGAUCUGCCAUCUCAGAUGUGUUAGUCUGGUCACAAUCACAUGAAGGUAAACAGGAAGUGGAACACUCUAUGCUUAAAGGAUACUUCUCCUAUCCUUGUGUCCCCGUCCAACUGACUGCCCUCCAGGACAUGUAUACAGACCUCAAGAUAAUUUCUAGUGAUGACUGGAAGAGAGAAUUGACUGCCCUUGCGUAUAGACAACAUAAGUGUCUGUUUGUACAGGCGGUAAUGGUCUCAGCUAAGCUAAUCCACUCUCCAAAACAUGUGACACCAAAAACAUCCUCAAGAAAGAGAAGAAGAAAGGCAGGCAAGGCAUCACAUGUGCCUUGUAAAACAGAAGUAGUGGUUGUAGACCCAGAGAUUCAUGCCCUUGCCGACCAGAUGGAGAGUUUAGGAAUAGGGGAGCCACACCAAUUGGUAAACACAUUUCCAACACCCUACAGCCAUGCCCACUGGCCAGGCCUUCAACAACAGCUGAUGUUCCCCUCAGGGGAGUUAUCACCAGAGGAACCACAAGGCCAAGGCACAAUUGGACAUUCCUCUGAUACAGUUGGACAGAGUCUGGACAGCACAGGAGAUACUUCAGAAUCAUCAGAGCGCAUAUUGGAAAGAGAAAUGCCAGAAUGUUACAUCUUGACAUGGAAAGGAUUGAACUCCAACAUUUUAUUAAACACUAUCUGGAGACCAACAGGUGACAGAUGUGGGAGGAGUAGUUCUAUGUUAGAACUAUUAUGUAUGUCACACCCUUCCAUCCGCUGGCUGUCGUACCCAUCUCAGUGCCUGUCAGAUCUCCCAACAAUACUCCGGUCAGCUACACAGUGUAUGGGGCACAGGUACCUGCUGGUACUCGACUGCUUCAGACAUUCUCAUGAAGAUAAUCAGGAAGUGGUGUUAAAGCAAGCUUACAGGUUGUAGGUGAUAACUUUCUUCAAGCAUUAUUUGCCUUUGGAGAUGACCUUUCCAUGUAAACU